UGCAGAGCACAUACCGCCCUUCUCUUCUCUGUUUGUUUACUCCACCCCUUUCAGUUCAUCCUAUAAACUUUGUAGCGUGUUCUGAGAGCCUCUGUGACAUUCAGUAGUUUCCUGCUGGUCCACUCUUUACGGCACCACUGCAACGCAACAGCACCCCUCAACUCCUGAAAUCUAUUCCUGUUGCUGCCAUUUGCCUGCAGUCUUCACUUCCAACCCACGGAAGCCAUCAGGAUGGAGAGGGUGCAGCACAUGACACGGUCAGCGAUUCGGAGGGCAUCCAACAUCGAAGUGAACCCGCAGACCAAGCGCAACUUACAAGAUCUUAUCAUCAACUUCUCCCUCAUCCUCAUCUGCCUCCUGCUUAUCUACAUAAUCGUCUUGCUCAUGUGACACCAAAAGAAGACAACCGGCCAAUCAGAAGAUGAGCUGUGCAAUAUCUUAGACAAUUUGAGGGAAUACGAAGUCCUACUGAUGAUACAACACAUGUCAAUUUCCUGAAAUGAUGCAAGGUUUUGAAUGAUGGCACUGAUCUUUCUCCAUUUAUGUUUUUUGCAUUCUUCCUACAACAAAAAGCAUGUUUCACCUGUGAAUGGCAAUGAGUGUACAUUUAAUUUAGUUAUUUUAAAUGCACCUAUGUUAUAACAUUUUAAAAGUAGAAAGUAGACCUCACCAAACUGCUCCAUUACGAUUACCAAAUUAAGUUGCAAAACUAGCGACUGUUUUCAAACAGGUUUUCCAAACACUCCCCUUAUGUGCUAUUGGUUGGACAAACAGAUUGUUCUGCCCCAAAUGUUUUAAUAGCGCCACAAAGCCAGUGUUAACACUUUUCAGGAGAAUCGACAUACAAAUGGCUAACUUAUCUUUACAUUUAACUGGGGCAGAAGGAAGUGUUUCAAUAAUAAAAAAUACACAUAUCACAGUCAUUUGAAAUGUGAACAUUUGUGCUUUGGCAGUGUGGUUGGUAUUUUUACAGUGAUUCCAAAUAUGAAGGUCACUCAAAAUGCAAAUUGUGGAUGCAAAAAGCUUUUAUUCUGACUUGUGCAUAAAAUAUCAAUUGAGUUUCAGAGGUAUAAGCAAUAAAACCACCGAAUACCAGCCCACGCAAAUAAUUAAUAUAAAAAAAGGGUGUAAUUAUGAGCCAGAGUUGUUCCCAAAGGCAGAUAAUAAAUCAGGCAUGGAGAACGGCAACUCUUGUAAAUGCUAAGUCUAUCAUGUCAAUGUCCAGUAAAAACAUUUUUAAUUAUUGUGUUGAAAUGCAAAAUUGAUAGUUCAGUCCAAGAAAAAAAGAGCAUGCUGGAACUGAGGUAAAUUAGUAGAUAAUAUUGACAUUGUUUCACAUAUUGAGCCAAAAUGGAACAUAUGAGGAUAUUUUUAAAUGUGGAUAACCAAAAAAGGGAAUGUUUGUUUUAAACAUUAUGUGCUGACUGACUAAAUGUUUUAAACAAACGUAGCUAGAUACAAACCAUGUGCAUAUCCCAUUCAAGUAAAAGUAAGUACUUAAAUGUGACUUUCUUAUUCAAAACCGGUUCAACCUUUAAUAAAUAUAGGAAACGAAUUAUUUGGUAACACUUUACAUUAUGGUUCCAUUCUUUAACAUUAGUAACUGCAUCAUAAACAAACAAUGAAAAACAUAUUUGUUACAGCAUUUAUUAAUGCAAUUGUUCAUUGUUAGUUCAUAGUGCAUUAACUAAUGCUACCUAAUACAACUUUUGAUUUUUAAAAUGUAUUAGUAUACGUUGAAAUAACAUUAACUAAGAUUGAUAAGUGCUGUAAAAGUAUUGUUCAUUGUUAUUUCAUGUUAACUAAUGUUGCUAACUAAUGGAACUUUAUUUUAAAGCAUUACCAAUGCAUUGCUUUUAUAAUUAUUAUUAGAAACUAACAGCACAACACAGUGUAGUCUGAUUCCUGAUUGAGGGACUCUUAUGAGUAGAUUCUUUUGAAUCUACACAUCAAAACAUACAGGGCUUCCUACCAAACAAAUGACUCUUAUCACCCAGUUAUUUUGUGAAUGAAUAAGUUACUGAACCACAAUUCAUUUAUUUUGUCAUGUCUGACAGCAAAUGAACCAAGAAUUAUGACUGAUUUUUUUUUGGUGAAUUGUGGUUGUUGAUAUAACAUUUGUAGUUUAAAAUAUACUUUAGAAGUUUGCUGUAAUUAGUGGUAUUUAAAAAAAAAAGAAUAAAAGUCUGUGUAAACA